ACAACACAACCAGAACAUCGCCCAAACACUUAACCAUUGACCACCACCUUCUCUGUUACAGCGUACUGCACCUAAACACUUCUACCUCAUUCGUGACAUGAUUCGACGUAACCCAACCAUGAUUCCAAUGAGCGACACAGAUGUACAAGAUGUUAGAAAUUUGGUGGCAAAACAAAAUGCAGAGUACGAGAUGAGGCAGAAAGCGUUGUUGAAAAUGAAAAAGGUGGCGGAAAGAACCGACAUACAAGAAGAAGACGUCUCGGUCUUACAAAAUCUCAAUAAUGCCCUACUUACCCGCCAAGAGAAGGAAAGGCGGCUAGGUAUGCAACGAAGUCAAACUACAUCAAAAUACAUCUCAUGA